GCACACUCCAUGGCGCACGCCAGCACGACCCUGCUGACGCAGUUGCCGAUCGAUCCAAGUGAACGACCGCAGUAUGAUCUCAAGCAACUACAGGCUUACUUUAGGCGCAUCCGACUGCCUCAAGAGCAUUGUGCGACGCCCAUUCUCCAUGAUCACAAGUUGGCAAACACAAAAGAGCAUGGUCUUCCUUUACUACGAGCACUGCAGCUAUACCAUCUCGCGAACAUUCCGUUCGAGAACUUGGAACUCCACUACUCUGCCAAGAAGAGCAUCUCUUUGAACAUGGAUGACUUGUACCAGAAGUUCGUGGUUCGUGGGGAGAACUACUCGAGAGGGGGACGAUGUAUGGAACACAACGGCUUCUUUGGAACUGUCUUGCGGAGCCUGGGAUAUGAUGUGCGAAAUUGUGCCGGCCGCGUGAGUCGAGCGUGGAAUCCAGACUCGGAAAUAAGAGAGCAACAGGCGCAAACCUAUGAUCCUUGGAAUCACAUGCUCAACCUCGUCAAUGUCGAAGGCGUAAGCUUUGUAGUUGAUGUGGGAAUGGGUGCUAUGGGCCCAAACAUAGUCUACCCACUAGAAGACGGAUACGAAACUGCCGCCAUUCCACCGAGGCGAAUUCGAUUACAGAAACGAAGCAUUCCAGAGCACUCAUUGAGUGGCGUGCUGCAGGCUCAGCAGUUAUGGUGCUACGAUCAGUGUCUCAAGCCCGACCAGCCUGGUCAGGGCAACGUAUGGAUUCCCACGUACUGCUUCACGGAGACCGAAUUUCUACCACAAGACUACGAGAUGAUGUCGUUCUUCACAUCACACCACCGGCGAUCAUUCUUCAUACAUCAUGUUUUGUGCACAAGGAUGUUGAUCGACGAAGCCAGUCAGAAGGUUGUCGGCGACAUCACACUUUUCAACCGCAGCGUGCGGAAGACAACAGGGGGCGUGCGAGAGACGCUAGCAGACUUGAAGACUGAAGAAGAGCGCGUGAAUGCAUUGAAAAAUGUCUUGGGAGUAGACCUUACUGCGGAAGAGAAAACCAACAUCUCCACGGAGAUACGACUUGGCCAACGAGCAUAGCGGUCCUCGUUCACAUCGUGCUAGAUCCCGCAGGCAUCGCAGGACGCUCAUAUGGCGCGCGGCACCAACCUGACUGUUCCGCAUUCUCAAGUCGGAUCGUCAUCGGUUUUUGAGGCUCAACGACCUCAUUUACACUCAGGGCUGUAGAGAACUCGGCCAAGUAGAUAAUAUUCUUAGUUUCCACCCCGCUGCAAUACAGUACGAUAUUGUUCAUCAGGUCCCUACCAGGCGCUAUGCUAGUCGGCAUCCGAACACCAUGCACUCCGAUACUGCGGCCUAUAUGGAGCCCGAAGCCGCAGCCAAAGAAAGACACUGCCGUCUUUAUACCCACCUCCUCACCAG